CGCACGCAUCUGGCUGCAGCUGUGCGGGGCGCAGGAGGCGGUGUACAGCGCCAAGGAAUAUAUUAAAGGAAUCUGUGAACCUGAAUUGGAAGAAAGAGAAUGUUAUCCCAAAGCCAUGCACUGCAUUUUUGUUGGGGCACAGAGCCUCUUUCUGAAGAGCCUGAUUCAGGAUACCUGUGCCGACCUGUGCAUUCUGGACAUCGGUCUUCUGGGCAUCCGAGGGAGCGCGGAGGCUGUUGUCAUGGCUAGGAGUCACAUUCAGCAGUUUGUAAAGCUCUUUGAGAAUAAUGAGAACCUACCCAGCAGUCAGAAAGAAUCAGAGGUGAAAAAGGAGUUUAAACAGUUUGUUGAAGCACGAGCAGACAAUUACACGAUGGACUUGCUGAUUUUGCCCACUUCCUUAAAAAAAGAACUUUUGACUCUCACACAAGGUGAAGGGAAUCUAUUUGAAACUGGAGAAAAUGAUGUUAUUGAAAUUAGAGAUUGUAAACAAGCAGAGUUUACACAGGAUAUUGCCACAGGGAUGAAUAUUACCAGCGAUGAAAUAAUUUUGCAGGACGAUGCAAGAGAUAAAGCUGGCACUCCUGUGUCUGAGCUCACUCAGAAAAUGGACACCGUCUUUUCUCGCUCACCGGAUGUGCUCUUUGUUCCGGCAAAUGGUCUGUCCCCAGAUGAAGAAGGGCUUUCCAAAGAAAGAAUUUGUCACAAAAGGAGAUCUUCUGAUUCUGAAGAAAGAAAUACCAAGAAGCCGUUUUCUUUGGAAAAUGUUGAGGAAGGGGAGCUUUUACAUGAUGGAAAGACAUCAGCCAGCAGUGUAAUCAUUGACCUAUCUGAGUCUGAUUCUGAAUAUUUCAGUCCAGACGUAAAGGACACGAGUGAGGAAAUGGAGUACAACAUCCUUGUAAACUUUUUUAAAACCAUGGGCUAUUCCCAAGAAAUUGUUGAAAAGAUCAUUAGGGAAUUCGGACCAUCUACUGAACCCUUAUUGCUCUUAGAGGAAAUUGAAAAAGAAAAUAAAAGAUUCCAAGAAGACAAAGAAUUUUCAUCUGAUAACAUGUAUCCAGAGACCAAUAAAACCAAAAAUAAAGGCAUUUGUAGUAAUGUAAAUGCACUUACCGUGGAUUCCACUGCAAAGAAAACACAGACUCACACACAGAAAAAUAUGGUAGAAAAAUUUUCUCAGUUACCAUUUAAAGUAGAGUCAAAACCAUGUACCUCCAAUUGCAAAAUUAAUACUUUUAGAACAGUGCCAGCAGAACAGAAACAAGAAAUCUGGGGUACAAACCAGAACUACACGUGUAACAUAGAUCUGGAAACUGAUGGCCUGUCACCCUCUGUUACUCCUUCAAGUCCCAAAGAAGCUGUCCAUUUUGUUUCAAGGGGAGCUUCACAUCAUCAGCCCAGAAUUCCAGUUUUUCUUGAGAAUGGCUUGCAGCACCAAGCAGAACCCUUGCUCCCAAGUAAUAUGAAAGCCGCCUGUGAAAGCCGCUCAGGAUGUGCUAACUCUCCUCAGUCUAAGCCUAAUUACCCACCCCUUUCUCCACCUACUCGGCUGCCCCAGUUACCACCUCCGGUUACUGACACAAGACUAGCAGGACCAUCUGAUCAUAUUGAUUCCUCAGUUACGGGAGUUCAAAGGUUUCGAGAUACUCUAAAAAUACCCUACAAGCUGGAAUUAAAAAAUGAACCAGGGAGAACAGAUUUGAAGCACAUUGUUAUAGACGGAAGCAAUGUUGCAAUUACGCAUGGUUUGCAAAAGUUCUUUUCUUGUCGUGGAAUCGCAAUUGCGGUUGAAUAUUUUUGGAAGCUUGGCAACAGAAACAUCACUGUAUUUGUCCCUCAGUGGAGAACAAGGCGUGAUCCUAAUGUCACAGAACAACACUUCUUAACCCAACUCCAGGAACUCGGAAUAUUAUCUUUAACGCCUGCACGGAUGGUCUUUGGAGAAAGAAUUGCUUCACAUGAUGAUAGGUUCCUGCUACACUUAGCAGACAAAACUGGUGGCAUAAUUGUAACAAAUGAUAACUUCAGAGAAUUUGUGACCGAGUCAGUCUCUUGGAGAGAAAUUAUUACAAAAAGGUUGCUUCAGUAUACUUUUGUGGGGGACAUAUUUAUGGUUCCUGAUGAUCCCCUGGGAAGAAAUGGACCUCGAUUAGAAGAAUUUCUUCAGAAAGAUGUCUUCCUUAGAGAUAUGCAGCCCCUACUCAAUGCCCUGCCUAAUGUAGGCAUGUUUGACCCCAGCUUCAGAGUCCCUGGAGCCCCGGCAACCAGCACCAGCCACCAGCCUCCAGCUCGGAUUCAGGGAGCCCUUCCAAGCCACUGGCUUCCUCAGCAGCCCCACUUUCCCCUCGGUCCCGGUAUACAGCAGAAUCUGCCCAUGCCGACCCAGAGGUCAUCUGCAGAGACCAGCGAGCUGAGGGACGCCCUUCUGAAGAUCUUCCCUGAUGCUGAGCAAAGACUGAAAAUCGACCACAUUUUGGCGGCGCACCCGUACAUGAAAGACCUGAAUGCACUCUCUGCCAUGGUGCUGGAUUGAAGGGGUGCUGUGCUGGUCUUGAGAAGUUAGCGCUCAGGGCUGGCGGGCCGACUCAGGCCACUGUCUGCACCUGAUGAGGAGCACCGUAAUGUGAAGAUACCCAUUUCCUGGUGUAAGUGCUGUUGAAGUAUAUAGAAAAAAGAUCACGUAUCAAAGAAACUGGGGUUUCAAAGCCAGCUGUUUUCUACACAUAAAUGAUGCUGCUGUUACAGAUUUACCAUUUUCUGUAAAAGGAAAGUCUACAUUUUCUGCCUGCUCAGAAUUGUUUAAUAGCAGUUUCUUCUCGAGUGUAUUUUUAUGUUUUUUAAACUAUUUUCCUGAAAGCUGAAGAUAUUGACAAAUGGGUAAGAUUAGCCUUUCUAAAUAAAUAUUUUUUAAAAAGUUUCUUUCUUAAGGAAAGACCUUUUAAAGUAUAUUUUCUUGCGAUGAUCUAUCAGUCCAUUAACAUGAAGUGUGUGCCCCUCAGACCCUGACACCUGUGAGCAAUUAGUCGGAGUUGGGUUGCCCUUAGGGGAUUUUGCACUUGGGAGCCAUUUAUGAGAGUGAACCAGUAUUGCCACUAGAUGGCACCUUGUGCUUGUUCAUUUUUAAUGACCAGGGCAAAGGUUAGCUACAGAAAAUCAGGGCUACGAGAUAUUUUAGCUCAUCUAGCCCCCACCCCCACCCUCACUCAGCAGAAGAGGGAACUGAGGUCUGAUGUAUUCACCAGGCAUGCCCAGGUCCACUGCUGUGGAGAGGCCCAGCUGGGCUGUACUCUCUGUCCAGUAUGUGGAUGCCCUUGCCAGGCCUGGUCCCUGACUUGGCCUGGAAGCAAUGUUUUUGCGUAAGAAGGCAAGGUAGGGCACGAGGAACUUGUGAAGAGUUCCAUUGUUGCGCCAGUGUCCACAGCCACGGGAAAUGAUGCCCUGAUGUGGACUGAGUAUAGCUUUGCCACACCCACCCCCUAACCCCCAAAUCCCCAAGAACGACCAAGUCAAUAAGUCACUCGGGGACUCUGGAGUCCUUGUAUUUAUUUUUUCCUUGUGUUUGUCUCACUAGUAUCCUCCCUCCCAAGCAGCCCUUUCUUUGAGUUUUUCCCAUAUGUCUCUUGGGGCAUGUUGUUCAACUCACCCAGCCUCAACUAUUCACAUGAAGAAGGUAGAAGACUUCCGUCAGCCAAGGAGGUGACUUCAGUCAAUGUUCCCACCUCUUAUUUGUGUCAUAUUUUCAAAGCACAGUGGAGGUGGAGCACAAUAAAUCUGUGCCCUUCCUGAUCCAGUUUUCCCACAGCCUUGCCAAUCCAGUAUUUCUCCUGUUUCAAAGAAGAGACAACAGGAGUCUCACCUUGACUGCCAAAGUCUGAGGCCCAGGGCUGUCUAGAAGAGAGCUGAGCUUCUGUUGCCAGGUGAGGACUGAUGAGGGGUGAGAAGUUUUUUUUUUGUUUUGUUUUAGCUCAACACCUUUGAAUUAUGUAGCUUUUGGGUUCUUAGUAUGGUCUCUGGGCGAUCUACCUACCUACUCCCUUCCUCGUUCUCUGGUGUGGGAAGGAAUGAUGCAGGAGAGCACGUGGGAGAAGUACAGAAAGCCCAUUCUUAUUUCAAAUUAUAAUCGACGAUCUUGUGUGUGAUCAAAUUUAGUCCAUUUUAAUACUUAAACCCCCUGUUAAUCACGCCCUGAAAAAAAUUUUAUUGCCUGCUCUGAGCCUCCUUUGAACUGUAGGCUCAGUAUUGAGACGAAAUAAUAAUGUGUUUGUAGUAUCAACAAUGAUGCUCCCUCAUUUUGUAUGUAAUGAAACCAUCCACCUUUGAUGCAUAGUGACUACCCACCCUGUAUCUCAUGGCCGCCUUGUGAAGCAGGUGCUAGGGAGAGGUGCCACCUUCAUUCACUAGACAAGCUGCCAUGCUCAGAGAGGUUCUCCAACUAAAUAGCUGGUAGAGCUGAAUGAUUCCCAGGCCCCAGGCCGCCGCCUCCGAGAGACAGAGGCUUGUUCGACUGGGUGGUAGCUGAGCAUUCCUAGGCAGGCUCAGCUGUAGCCUGACUGCUGCUGCUCUCGGAGAAAGAGGAGGCACCAGGCAUAUAAAAGAGGGCUCCACGGUGUCCAUACAGACACUCAGUACCGACUAUGGCCAAACCACAAAGUAGCUGCAGCUCUCAGUACCUGAAGAUGAGCCAAGUCCCUUCUCACCUCAGACCCUAGCCAGCCUCCUGACACACCUUUGGGAGUUCUUCACACUCCCUCCUCACCCCCCUCCCCCUUGCCCUCCUGCACUUCCUUGUCAGUGCCCAUCCUCUCCUGUGUCCCCGAGCCCAUCUCUCAGCUCCUGGUAAGUGUGUUGUCAGCUCAUCCCAUUUCAUCAGUAUCUACCUCUUCAUUAUCCUGCCUUAUAUUUUCCAAGUCAUUCGGAUUUUUCAAAAACAAAACAAAAUGAGCCAGGCUUGCAUCUAAUUUUUAAAAAUAGUAAUCCCUUCUCAAAUGUGUGAUGGACAGAAGCAAAGUACACUGUAUCGGGGCUUUUGCCUAAAAAUUUAUAUUUUGUUUUAAAAUGUUUAAUUACUUUAAAUUUAGAUACUUAGGAAAGACUUUUUGCUUGUGUUGUCUUCUGAAACAGGAUGUACUCGCUGGUUGUAGGACCCAUAAUAAAAUAGACUUUGACCUAAAAGAGAUCUCACUGUGACCUUAAAGAGAAAAACACAUAUGCUGUCUCUCUAACAACAACAACAAAGCUUGAUUUGCCCCGAAGAAUCAGCUCUGUUCAUUUUACCACUUCCCAGUUUACAGGCCUGACUGCCCCACCCUGAGGAAAGGUCACCAGUGUCAGGUCAGAGCCCCUUUCAGUAUUCACAUGCAGCAAGGACAGCAUCUGACACCUCCCCUCAGUACUAGAGGUCCAUCAUGCCUUCCUUCUCCUCCCCCAACCAACCACAAACCCAGUCCUUGGCACCUUUUUCUGUCAGUCAGUCUACCUGUUGGACUCAUGGUGGGUAGGGCGUUUUCCUAAAAAGCAGGCUUCCAAGAGAUAUUUCUAUACAAUUCCUUACCUGGAGAUCUGCAACCUCAGUAAGUUCCUUGCAGUGGUGCAGGGGCCACGAUAUGAGAAAGUCUUCACUAUCCUGUUUCCUAACUUUACUAUCGCCCUUUGCAGUGACUACUGUGCUCAUGCUAGCCCUGCCCUCCAGGAAUGUUUUCCCAGCUCAAACUAGAAAGCCUGUGGAAUCCGGGACUCAGUCCUCAGUCCUGGCCUGCACCUGUUCCUCCCUCCCUUUCCCGCCUACACAGUAAAGUCCCUUGCAUCCUUCCUUGUCAUACCAGUCAUCAAAAGCAUCCUUUUGAACAUUAGUUGUCCUCUCAGUUCUCCCCACUCCACCCUAGACUCCACAAUGCUGCCAGGUCUGCCUUCCAGAAACACAUUUCUGGCCCAGUGAGCUGUGACUUGUUUAGCCAGCACAUCAAGUUCAAGCUUCCAUGAGUCUUGUGCCACGAUAGUCUGCCUUCACGCCCAUAAGGGACUGUCCACUUUGUAUAGCUCUACCCAGUCACUGCAGUGCAGCCACAGAUUUCCUCACAGUAGCCCUUUCUCUUGCAGAGACCCAUCCCUGAGUCCUCUGUAUCCUCGCCUGGUCCCUUUAACCUGAAGCAAUCCGUGGUGUUCUGUGACCCCACAGCACAUUGUGUCCCACUUUCAGCACAGGCCACCUGGGCUUCUGUCAUUGCAGCUGAUUGUGUUCUGUGUCUUACUUCUCUUUCUAGACUGUGAGCUCCUUGAGGGCAGGACCGUCUGUGAUUGCUCUUUGUAUUUCUCAUGGCACCUAGCACAGUGCCUUGCACUUAAUAGGUGCUCAAUAAACAUUUGUUCAAUUGAACUCAA